CAACGAAAGAGUAUCAGAAUCUGGAGAAGAAUUGAUCCGAAGAGGAUUUUCCCCUUUUCUAUUGUUUAAACGUGUCCGUUUUUUAUAUACUGUAUAUAUUUUUUUACUCAUUAUCACCCAAACAGGAUUAGAAUUUAAAUCUGGAUAGGAGUAUAAAACUAGAAAAGGUUUCCGUUAUUUGAUUUGGUUUGGGCGUUAAAGCAGAAGUCGGUAAAGUUUUGAAGAACCUGAUUUGAUCAUCCUGGGCAGCAAUGAGUGACUCGGAACCGACAACGUUUUCGUCCAUCCAAGAAGAGAGGGAUUACUGGAAGGAGAGAGCAGCUCAGCACCAGCAGAGGGCUGACGAGGCUCGAGACGAGCUUCAGGAGUUCCAGCAGAUGAGUCGAGAUUAUGAAGCCGAACUGGAGACUGAGCUGAAGCAGUGCGAAGCACGAAACCGCGAGCUCCUGUCGACCAACAACCGUCUGCGCACGGAACUGGAAAGCUUCAAGGAAAAGUAUGAGGCACAACAUUCAGAGACCUACAGACGGAUUUCUGCCCUGGAGGGGGAGUUAGCCGAGACCACCGCCAUCAAGGACCAGUUACAGAAAUACAUCAGAGAGUUGGAGCAGGCCAACGAUGACCUGGAGAGAGCCAAAAGGGCCACCAUCAUGUCCCUGGAGGACUUUGAGCAGAGGAUGAACCAUGUCAUUGAGAGGAACGCUUUCCUGGAGAGCGAGCUGGAUGAGAAGGAGAACCUACUGGAGUCGGUACAGAGAUUGAAGGAUGAAGCUCGAGAUCUGAGGCAGGAGCUGGCUGUGAAACAGAAGCAGGACCGUAGGCCGUCCCGCAGCCUUUCAGUGGACGGAGAGAAGGUGGAGUCGACGCCGUCACACGCUCCAUCCACUCAUCCCUCACUCCUCACUACACCGCCCCGAACAGCAGUGACCCCCGGGAGCAUGUUUCACACACCGCCGUCAUCCUACAGCAGAAUUGAAGGUCUUACUGGGACGCCGUUGACGACGUCAGCACGGAUUUCUGCUCUCAACAUCGUAGGAGAGCUGCUGAGGAAAGUUGGAAAUUUGGAGUCGAAGCUGGCGUCGUGCAGAGAGCUGCAGGUCCAGGAGCGAACACCGAGCCACUCGGCGAUGGCUCAGAGCUCGCUGAGCACGCCGAGAGAAGUGCUAGAGAACCAGUCGAGCCCUAACGGUCUGUUUGAGGGCAUGGUGAAGCGACUGGAUUUUGGACCCAAAAUGGUGGUGUGACUGAUGCUCAUUUUUUCUCUCUCUCUCUCUCUCUCUCUCUCUCUCUCUCUCUCUCUCUCUCUCUCUCUCUGUGUGUUUGUCAUGUGUGUGAUUGUUUUGGAUUGUUUUAUGCAUGCCUCCUGCUGAUUAAGGGUGUAACACUCUUGCACUUGGCAUGUGUGAGCUCGUCUCUGCUUUAAUACUACUGUUAAUCCCUCUCUUUCUGUCUGUCUUUGUUUUUUGUCAAUAUUUACAGCCUGAUAUAUAUAUAUUUUUUUUCCCCACUGUUUUUAUAAUGAAAAUGUCCGAAAUGGAUAUUAGCACUGCACAGUUUAGGAGGUUUUCUGCCGCAGUAUGUCUUGGUUUACGUCUUUAUCGGAUUAUGAUCUGUUUCGUAACAUAUGAGGGAAAACUGGUUGAUGGUGGAAGUAAGAAAUGAAAUUGUUUGUUCUAACACAGCAGAUUCAGUACACUUUUAAGAAAUAUAAACAGAAUUUCUCCCUUAGUCCGAAUGUCAUCUCUGAUCUGAGACAUGUUUGGUGUCUGGAGUUUCUUUAGAGUCUUUAAAUCCGUGCUAGAGAUAGAAGGCGAAUCUAUCUGAUCAGGAAGGGAGGAGAUAUUGGAAAUUUAUUACAGUCGACUUAUAAUCUGAAUCGAUAUUUUUAUUGAGUCCUGACCGAGGAAGAAAAUAAUUUGACUCCGAGAUGGAGUUCUGAUUAGUUUCACUGAAAAUGGAGAAAACAAACAGCUCCUCCUUAGAAAGCUGUACACUUCUUUUAGCACAAAUCUUCAUCUGAAUGUGUGUGAGAGAGAGAGAGAGAGCAGGAAACACUAAACUGUGCAGUGCAGCUCAAACUUAAGGACUGCAAUAGUGCCAUAUGGGUCUGUGUGCAAAAUGCCUUCUAACAAACUGUUAGAGGUUUGGUACAAACAAACCGUUCUCGCUUUAACAGGGUAGGAAUCAUCAUGUUUUGAAAUGUUGCCACGCCUGCCCUUUUUGGGGGCAGUCGUAGCCGAGCCUCGUUACUGUCCGUUCACGGUGAUGUCAAGAUGUUUUAAUUUUUUCGUAACUGGAUAACAGAUUGGGAAAAAGACGUUUCCCGUUAUGAAUGGCAGGUCAAGGAAUCAAAUUAUUUUGUACUAAUUUCUUUUUAGACAAUUUAUUUUAAAACUGUAGAUCUAAAUGAGAUGAGGUGGGGGAAACAUUUUUGUUGUUACUGCAGUGAUGUUAGUGUUCUGAAGGCACUAUGGAGACUCAGGAUGCGCUUAAAGUGUAGACGUAUUUAGUUUUAUAAAUUUAUAAUCACAUUGCACACGUCUACAAAGGACUGAUCAUUAGGUUCUCGCUUAAGAGGAUCAGGGUUCCACAUAGAACCAUUAGGGAUGAGAUAUCAAAGCCUUUACAUGUUGGGUUUGUUUGUUUGUUUGUUUGUUUGUUUGUUUGUUUGUUUGUUUUUGUUUGUUUUUUCUUAAGCAUGCACUGUAGAGCUGUAGCUUUCAUCUGACUGAUGUGACACUAAUUUUCAAUUUCGAAGAGCUUUUGCUGAUGUGGAACUUGGACGUGUUUGAAAGUCUUUGCUGCAAUUUCACAAACCUGUGCUUUAGACUUAGUGUCAGGUCGCGUUCUCUGGGGAAAUAUUGAGACGUGGAACAGAUGCUGCGUUACAGAGACGAGUCGCUAGAAAAGUGUUUAGGGCACAGAACUAAUCUGAGGGGAAACUGAAUAAAUAUAAGGUCUAGAUAAGGAAUGAAACAUUUGUCGGUGCACUGUUGGGCUUGAAGUGUUUUAUUCCUCCUGGACCACAGCAAUUUGCCAACAAUGACUUCUUUUUUUAUUUAUUUAUUAAAGCAUAACGUGCCGUUUAAUGUUAUGAAAUGUCAAGAUAUUUCCUCUCUUUUGGAGUUAAUGAUAUUUAAAAAAAAAAAUCCAAGCAGCUUUUUGUAACUUUUCUGUCCUGAAGAUGUCAAACUUGCGUACUCGAGACUCCUUCCAUAAAUGUUGAAGAAAUCGUCCCCUCGUCAGCGAUUACAUAUGAUUUUUAACUGCGUCACGUGCAACACCAGAGUCCACUGAAUGAGCUGUUGCUGUAGAAACGAUAGCGAGAGACGCCGUCAUGGAAAAUUAUCCACCUUCGAACCAAUCAGAAUUCAGUCGUGCUGUAGGACAGCGCAGCCAUUUCUCAGUUUUAAAGUUGGCACAAUGAUGACGAGAAACCGUCUUAGAGCUCUUGUAUUUGUAGGACGUUUCUUUACAAAAUGGCCGACGUUUUAGUAAACGCGUCCAGAGCCUUCCUCUGUGUUUAUUUAUUUUUUUCUCCCCUUCAGAGACACAGAUUUUAAGAAACCGACCAAAAUCUAAACAUAUCUCUGUAAGUGUAGUUAAGAUGAAUUCAAGUUAAAUACUUCAGUGAAGGCUACAAGUGUUUUAUGUUAAAAUUAGAAAUGUAAAGAGGAGCUCGUACGUGCUGUUUUCUCUACUAAUAUAGGCGUGAGGAUGGAUGAAUAGAAAGGUCAAGGGUGUAGUUACAUAUUUACAACGAUCAUCAGUCACUGAAGACUUGUGACAGUUGUUUGUCUUUUUGGUGUUGAUCAGGUGAUUAAAUCGAACAGUGAGAGAUGAGUUCAGUUUUGGGUUAAACAGCAGAUUCUCAUGUUCAUGUCAAACACAUGUUCCAUCAGCAAAUGUGCAGAAUAAAUGUUUUACUAAACCAAAA